UGUGUUUUCUCCAAACAGAUCUGAUCCUCCGUGCAGUGGGUUUGCUCAUUAGUUCAGCUCUAAUCCUCUGCUCCUGCAGUUAAACUCAUCUCUUUUUGCAGUAUAGAGACACUUCACGCAGCUGAUGUGUUGGUGCUAGCAUCUUCCUGCUGAAAGAAAUAUAAAGCUGGGGAUCUUCAUCAGAGACGGUCGGGAGAUGAUGGCGAAAAGAUGCAACACAAGACUGUUGGAGCUCUGUGUGUGUGUGGCCGUGUUAAACUCCAUCUCUGCCUCUCCAGAGGUCUGCACCAAUUCCCUUCUGCCUGGAGCUAAAGGAGACCAAGGCGAGGUUGGAGAGGAGGGAGAUCAGGGGAAACUGGGGAAAAACGGACCACCGGGACUUCAAGGCGCACCAGGGGAGAAGGGACUCAGAGGAGAAGUGGGCACCACAGGAAAGAUGGGACCCGCUGGAGACAAAGGUGACAAAGGUGAUACUGGUGUGGAUGGGCCCUCUGGUCUGAAAGGGAAACCAGGCACCACUUGUGACUGUGGCAGGUACAGGAAAGUGGUCGGACAGCUAGACGUCAACACGGGCAAGCUGAGGAACGCUGUCAAGUUUUUGAAAAGUGUCAUCCUGGGGCUGAAGGAGACGGAGGAGAGGUACUACCUGCUGGUGAAGGAACCCAAGAGGUUCAGGGAGGCGUCGAUGAACUGCAAGCUCAGAGGAGGCUCACUGGCCAUGCCCAAAACCACCGACACCAACCGACUCAUGGCAGACUACGUCAGUCGCGCAGGCCUGACGCGAGUUUACAUUGGUGUGCAGGCUCAAAGCAAGGACACAAAUGGAACGAGCAGCUAUGUGUACGCAGACUCCAGCCCCCUGCAGGGGUUUGCAGCCUGGAGUCAAGACGAGGUGCUAAACUCCAGCUUACCUUCAACCACAAACUCCAGCUGUGUGGAGCUGCUCAGCACUGGAACGUGGGGCCGUGUGGAGUGUGAGGCCUCCAUGUUUUUCAUCUGCGAGUUCCCAAAGAGCAGGAGAAGAGGAGGGAGGACGGGGUGAGGAGGAGGCAUCCAGUGGUCUGAGAUCAAUGUAACAUGUAUGAACGUGUGUGUGUGUAUAUGCAUCUGCACGUGCGUAGUACAUUUAUGUAGAUGUGUACACGACAUAUUUUAUUUUGACCUCACUAAAUAACUUACCCCCUUGGCUAAAAGUUUCAUUACCUCCGCAAAGGAAGUUGUUUUCAACCCUAUCCAUUUGUUUAUUUGUUUGUUUGUCAGAAAGAUUGCACAAAACAACCGGUCUAGAUCAGUGGGCAGAUCCAGGGUUUUAUUUUUCCAUUUUUUCAAGCAGAGUGUCAGAAAUUCGGUGCAGCUUGAUUGAAUUUUAGGCGACUUUAAUGGAACUUUAAAGAACUCAUGUUACCGUUCAUGGGCUCAUGAUGCUCUGUUGGUGCAGCAGUUGGGUGUUUCUUGAGGAUACUGGAGCUACACUGUAGAAUUUGAACUCGUCAGCGGCUCCACUGUUUCAAACAUGCAUUCGUUGCAGUGUUUGUUUUUGCGUGUUGCUACAAACAGCCAACGCCAUCGCGCUGCAUGUGGUAGAAAGCAAACAGCACGCAUUGUGUGGCCCAUAUAUUUGUACCACAGGAAAACUCACAGGAACUCUUUGUUGUUUCCCUCGCCUUUCCACUUCCAUAUGUUCAUAAAGUGGAGUUCAGUUAGGUUUAGUAAAAAAAAAGGUUUGAGUGUUUUUAAAACCUUUUUUAAACACAUUCACCACCAACAGAAUUUGUGAUUUCCCAGACAGAUGUACUUUUGGUGAGACAGCACCGUCACACAUUUUAACACAGGUUAACACAUGCAUUGUUCUUGAUAUCCUCAUACUUCAUAGGAAUGUGUUAAUAUUUGACCGAAAAGGAUGAAAAACUUCACAUGUCCUCAAACAUCUUUCUCACUGCAGCUUACUUAAUGUUUGCCUACCGUACGGCUGCGGUAGGGCACAUCCCAAUGAGUGUCCAAGACUGUUUGUUUUCUCUGCAGUUGAAUCUGACUCAAAUGCAGUUUGCCUGACUCUGUAUUUACCGGCUUGAAACUAUAGACAUGAAAUGAAAAUGUUCAAACCCACUUAUGAGACUUUCAACAAUUUCUGGGAACCAAGUGUUUUGUAUCUGUGUGUUCGUCUAAAUUGCUGUAACCCUCCUCAUCUUGAGUCAUGGUGAACAGAACAGAGGGAUAUAGAUUAACAUUCAACUUGAAAAGUGCAGAGUGUAUGCCAUUGUCAGCUUAAUCAACUGUUUUCCUGUUGGUCUACAUCCACACAAUAUGUUUUCGAUUGAAACCGUACCAACUCUGCUACUGUUACACCCGCCGUCCAUACAGUAGAAAAACUGAUACAUCGACCCAAUGGUAUUGCCUAGAGAGCAUUUUAGUUUGAAAACAAAUGUUUUAAAAAACUAUUUUAGUUUCAAGAAAAUGAAUGGCUGUUGUCUUAGUCCGAAGGGCCCAUCUAAACCUGCACCUGUAAUUAUGGUUAUCUGUUUCUAAUCAAAUAAAGUCAUUCAAAGCGAAAGUAGAAUGAA